CGUUCUUCACCAAUCUAAGUCACCAGGUAGUUCAUCUGGAUAUUCUCCUGUCAAACAAGCAGUGCAGUGACCAAUAUAACUGCUUUCUUUAUUAUCCAUACCAUGUCUAACAGCUUGAAUAAGCCCUUCGACAGAAAGAUUAUAAACCUGGUAAAUUGAUCAUCGAGGGUAAGACCAAAAUAGUCUAUGAGGUUAUGCAUGAUAAAGAAUUAUGUUUCAUUCAAAGUAAGGAUCGCAUUACGGCAGGAGAUGGUGUAAAGUCUCAUGAAUUAGAAGGCAAAGCUGCUAUUAGUACAAAUACAACAGCUAAAGUUUUUCAGUUACUGAAUCAAGCUGGUAUAAAUACAGCUUUCAUUAAGCUUGUUAGUGACACAGCUUUUAUAGCGCAAAAAUGUGAGAUGAUACCUAUUGAAUGGGUUAUAAGAAGAUUAGCCACCGGUAGUUUCUUAAAAAGAUAUUCAGGAGUAGUAGAAGGAUAUAGGUUUAAUCCACCAUUGCAAGAAACAUUUUAUAAGGAUGAUGCUAACCAUGAUCCUCAAUGGUCAGAAGAACAAAUAAUUUCUGCUAAUUUCCAAUUAAAUGGAGUUAAAAUUGGCAAAGAUGAGAUUGAUAUUAUGCACCGUAUUACAUUGACUGUUUUCGAAGUUCUUGAAAGAGCUUGGGCUACACGAGAUUGCGCUCUUAUAGAUAUGAAAAUAGAAUUUGGUGUAGAUAUAUCUGGUAAAAUUGUAGUUUCUGAUGUUAUCGAUAGCGAUUCCUGGAGAUUAUGGCCAUCUGGUGAUAAACGAUUGAUGAAAGAUAAGCAAGUAUAUAGAAAUUUAGUUUCUGUUACUCAAGCCGAUUUGGAUACCGUUAAACGCAAUUUCAAAUGGGUGGCAGAUCAAUUGGAAUAUCUCAUUCCACCUCCAACAUCAUUAAUUGUUAUUUUAAUGGGUUCUUUAUCUGACAAAGAACAUUGUGAAAAAAUAGCAAACCAUGCAAAGAAAUUAGGUUUAAUAGUAGAACUUAGAGUGUGUAGUGCACAUAAAGGUACUCAAGAAACUCUGCGUAUUCUUGCUGAAUAUGAAGGUAGUGGAAAAAAGGUGGUGUUCAUUACUGUAGCAGGGAGGAGUAAUGGAUUAGGUCCAGUAUUGUCUGGAAAUACUGCUUUUCCAGUUAUUAAUUGUCCGCCUUUUAAACCAGAAAACAUUACACAAGACAUAUGGUCAUCUAUAAAUGUACCUUCAGGAAUUGGUUGCACAACUGUUGCAUAUCCAGAAAGUGCUGCACUUGCUGCAGCCCAAAUACAUGCACUUCACGAUCAUAUGAUUUGGUCCAAAUUGCGUGUAAAUCAGCUUAAUAAUUUUAUUAAUUUGAAAGAAGCAGACAAGAAGUUGCGGGGUCUUAGAUAUAUCACACUUUAAAACUUUCAUCUCUUUUUUUUAUCAAUGAAAGUUCAAAGAGAUUAAACGAUCUUUUUGGGUUACUUCUGUAAAAGAAUAUGAAUGCAUUUAAAUGAUUUAGGAAAGAAUAAUUCCAAACAUUUUCAUUUAGUUACUUUAGUAUAACAAUACUCUAAAAUACUAUAAAACAUACUUACUGAUCUUUGAUCUAUAAGAUACAUAAUAGAAUGUUAUUUUUCUAUUUUAGUAAUUUGUAUGCAAUAAAAUAUUAUUGACUUUUGCUAUUAUAUAUACAUGUUCAUGUUAGCACUUGUUGCAUAUACAUUACUAUUAUUACUUUUGAUGAUGUUGUACUGGAUACAAGUUUACAAUAUUCAUUUGUUUCCGUUGAAACAAAUUUUUGAAUAGAACAGUUGAUUUGUAUUUAUAAAAAUUGUAAUAAUGUUUAAUACAAAUAUUAUCAAUUUUUAUAUAUAUACAUAUGUAUAAUUUAUAUAUACACGUAUAAUUAAAAGUUGAUUUUGUUUAAACAGUAACAUCCUGUGUUAUUAAUGAGUGUUAAUUAAAAUGAAAUGGGUAAUAUAUAUUCUUCCAUUAAAGUUUUUCAUACAUUUGUUUACGUACUAAGACAUUUUAACAGAUUUGACACUAUUAAGUGGAUUUUGAACAAGAUUGAUUCUCACUUGCAAUAGCUUCUAUUUCAGCAAUUUCUUUUGGACAAUUUCUUGAUAAUACUAAAGGACCAUUUUCUUUUAUUAAAACAUCAUCCUCAACUCGUACUCCUAAGCCAUGAAAAUUUGAUGGUGCUAAAGGAUUUUUAGGAUUAACAUAUAUACCUGCAAACAUAUAUCCAUUAAAUUGUAUAGAAAAAUAUAUAUCUAUUAUAAGAUUACUUACCAGGUUCAAUAGUUAUAAUCAUUCCAGGUUGUAAUGGGAUAUUAGCAGAAAUUUUGGCAGUAUCAUGUACAUCCAUUCCUAAAUAAUGGCUUACAUGAUGCGGACAAUAACUAAAUGCAGCUGAUAUUAAUUUAUCUCCAGAUAAACUUUUUGGUAUUAAUCCUACUUCUUGUAAUCUUUUACCCAAGAGUGAACACAUGGAGUGAAAUAAUUGAUCUAAUGUUGGCAUUUCUUUGACUUUUUCUAAUAACUCCUUCUGUAUAUCUAAUACUGUUUCAUAUAGAAUUCUUUGUUCUGGUAUGAAUUUACCAUUAGCAGGCCAUGUUCUUGUAAUGUCAGAUGUAUAACCAUUAUAUUGACAACCUAUAAUAAAUAUUAAAUCAGAAGUAAAGUACUGAAAGAACAUAGAA